UUGCCCUGGUGAAUAAAGGGAACAGUAAACAGAAGGACCAGGAAUGGAGACCUCAUAAUGGGAGGAACUUCGGGAGGAUAGAUCUUGUCUUCUCAGAAUGUUUGCUUGUUUGAUUCCCUUCUGCUAGCGCACUGAUCUUUCUUCACUUCUCUGUUGCUUCCUUGGAUGUAUGGUGACUUGGAUAAAAUAGGAGACCUACGCCACAAGGGCAUCAGAGUUCCUUAUCCCCUGGAUAUCUCCCUCUUUAUAGUCAAAAGAAACCAGGCUUUCUGAGGAUUUCAAAGUAGGCAAGGGUGGGCUGUGGGAAUUGAAGCCUUUUGCCCCUGACCUAGGGAAUAGUGCAAGUGGGGCUUGGGAUGAAGAUGAAGAAGGUCUAGUUAUGGCUGCUCACGGGAGUUGGGAGGUUUCCCGGCCAUGGCACGGAUCACUGACAAGGUUCCUUGGAGCGAUAACUCCGUUAAAGGGUGCAUAUCCCCAACCAUCGUGUUCCCCAAACCUCCAAAGAGGAACAUGCUCUCGGGGGUGAAACAGCAGCUCUACCACCCCUACCUGCCCACCCUGCGGCAAAUGGACAUGGACACAGUCUUGGGGAAACUCCCCGAGGAGCACUGCCAGACAUCCACCUACUGUACCAAAGAUGACUUUAACAACGCACACUUCAGCUUGCUGGGAAUCCCCAACAAAAACCUGAAUGGAUUGGAAUUCACUGGGACAGGACAGAUGCUUAGAAAGAGAUUCCAAAGGGGGAAGAUGACCUCACUAGCACCCUGCAUCAACCAAAUCGACUGGCCCUGUCACAGCCGGGCCAUUGAAGACUGGACCCACUUUGUGUCUAACUCAGGAGAGUUCAAGCUUCCUCCUGUGGAUAAAAAGGAUGAGGAUUUCGGUAGCUACGCCGUGAGAUGCCUGAAGCCGGAUAUCACUCAGUGCUGGCGGUACUGUCUUAACCAAAACCCCAGUUUUUAUGAGUAUGGACAGCCACCCAUGCCUAAUGAUACCACGAACAGCUACCGAAGCUUUAGAUCUCCAUACAGACAAGUCAACCAGCUGACCCCCUGGCAUUAGCCCCCCAAGAGGAGGAAGAAGGUUUGGAGAUUUCAGCCAGCAGGACCAGGCCAUCUUAGGUCUGCAGAUCCCCAAAGGUAGAGAUGGCUCAAGUGGAAUCCCUUCAAUUCCUUGAGGAAUCUGGAAUCCAUGGCAAUAAUAAUAAAGUAAUCAACCUACCCAAGAAGGCUUGAACCUUAAAA